AUGGGCUCCAGCAGCGAGACGAGCACCAGCUCGUCCUCGGCGCCGCCCAAGGUGCGAGUUGGCUGGUAUAGUGCACUGCCAUUUCUCGGCUACCAUCAUGUUUUGAUGAUUCUCAUCGCCAUCGCCAUUAUCCUACUAUCACUACUACUCGCCGGCUGUUCAUCAUCGUCUCCGCUCAUCCCUGACAUCUUCCUACUAUCCAUCUACUACAAGUCCUAUACCGCAAAGCCCGACACAGCUCAAGUCGACUACAACGUGCACACAGCUAUCGAGAACAUCGCCGGUGACGCCCGACUCCAAGCGCGAGUUGGCUACUUUGGUAUCUGCAUCAACCCCGAUGGCGGUUCAUGGCUGUGCAGCAACAAUGCGACUGCUCUUGCGAAGGAGGUCGAUGUCGAUCAAGACCCUCUCAACCUUAUCUGGCUGGCUGCUCAGUUCAAGGACAUGAUUGUCUUUCCCUACCUGAUUAUUAUCGCCAUCAUCUUCGCCUUUGUCUGCCUCCUGCUCCUCGCCACUUUCCCCGGCUGGCAUGAGGAGGUCGACUCCGAGGGCUCUGAUCGCGAAGUCAAGCCCUUCCCGUCUCGCCCUGUCUCGCAGAUCGCGCUCGCUUUGAUCUUUAUCGCCGCCAUCUUCGUCCUCGUUUCCGUGCUAUGGCAGCACACAGCAUCCGUUGCCGCAUCAGUCAUCGCACAAGACUUUGGUAACGGCGCGGUGAAGAGUGGCGUUGGAACCAGUGCCAUGGUACUGGGCUGGUUCUCAUUCGCACUCCUCAUCGUGGUAACAAUCGGUCUACUCAUCAUGAUCCUCAGUAUCAGCGUCCUGAGUUCGAUGGUAUAG